AUGAACAACAAGGUGACAGCAGAGUUCCUUGCUGACAGGUACUUGGAGGAGUUCAGGGGCAACCCCAGAUGGAAGAUUAAACAGAUUCAGGACAGGGCCUUGAAUGACUUGGGGAUCAAAAUUACAUACUCCAAGGCUUGGUUGGCUAGAAGCAGGGCAAAGCUUAUAAUAUAUGGCUCUUCAUCAGAGCAAUACUCAAAGGUUUGGGACUAUGGGAAGACACUGCUGAAAUGGAACCCAGGGAGUGAGUGUAAUGUGGUGGUGGAUGAUAUUAGUCAAAUUGAAAGACCAAUUUUUAUGAGGAUGUUUGUGUGCUUAGCUGCACUUAGGGAUGGAUUCAUUUCUGGUUGCAGACCAGUAAUUGGGGUGGAUGGGUGCCAUCUAAAAGGGGCAUACCCUAGGCAGAUCUUGGUUGCAGUUGGAAAAGAUGGCAAUAAUGCCAUCUUCCCAAUUGCUUGGGCAACUGCAGAGAUUGAGAACAAGGACAGCUGGUGCUGGUUUCUAGAGAGCUUGCUCAAGGAACUUUGUGUGUAUGACCAAGGAGAUGGCUUGACUUUUAUGUCUGACAGACAGAAAGGUCUCAUAGAAGCAUUUGCAGAUGUGGCCCCCAAAGCUGAGCUCAGAUUUUGUGUGAGGCAUAUUUGGUCAAAUUUCAAACUGAAAUUUCAUGGUGCAACUUUCAAGGAAUUGUUCUGGGCUGCUGCUAGGGCAAGCACUCUGUUUGAGUUUGAAGUUGCUAUGGAAAGUAUCAAUUUUUUGGAUGAAGAAGCAUACCAGUGGUUGUCAAACAUUGACCCCCAGCACUGGUCAAGGCAUGCUUUCUCUACAAACUGCAAGUCUAACAUGUUGUUAAACAACAUGUGUGAGACAUUUAAUGCAGUAAUUAGAGAUGCCAGAGACAAGCCUAUUCUAACUCAAAUGGAAUGGCUUAGAAGAUAUAUGAUGUAG